AUGCCCCGGACGCCAUUCACACAAAUUUCCAACGCUACCAGCCUGAAUCGCGCCACAGCGCCCACCUCGGCCUUUGUCAUUGUGUUGGCACGAACACUCAGUUCAGCUGGAUUCGCGUUGAGCCUACUUGCAAUAUGGGUGGGAUGGCUUUUACCACUGCAAUCCAUGCAGACAAAGCCGAUACCACGUCAACGGAAAACACCACCUCACUUAUCGAAUUUACCAAAAUACCCGCACAACCGACGUGCAUCUGCCCCAAUUACACUUACACCCAUACUUGAACCUCGUGAAGGAGGUGACGAUGUUAUACCCAAGCGCGUUUAUUUUGCAGACCGCCAGUCAGUUGCCGAACAACGACGUAACACCUUGCCGGCGGAGAGCUCUACUUCGGCAGUUAUUGAGGAACCUCUUCCAGACGCCGCAUCAAAGCCGCCCACUGUUGUGCCCCCUUUGACCCCUCCCGCUACCCCUCCUGUUGCCAAACUUUGCUUCGAUGGCAUUGACGACUCCGUGAUCGAUUCCGACUCGUCUCGUCACUCCUCAAUGGCAUCCCUUCUCCCAUCGGGUCGUUUGCAGAAGCUGAAGCUUGGUUUUACUGGCAGAGCCAAGCGGCACGUCGACAACAAGCACGUUGAGACACCUUCCCCAGUCAACCUUGAGGGCGAAGGUCCUGUUAAAUCUGCCAAACGAAGAAGUGGUGGUUUUAAUGCGCCAUGGUCCGCCUCUCGCAGCCGAACACCAACCGAGAUCACAAUCGACUCUGAACCACAGACCCCAUCAACGUCUCGACUAUCUCUUGUGCGCUGUUUCACUCCAACGAGGUCGAACACGUGUCCGCCGUCAACGGCGACGUCUACAUGUCGAUCUCGUUCGCGCAAAGCCCAACGACGGACGUCAACGCCCAUUCCGCGUACUUCACCUUAUGCUGCACCUUAUUUUGCAAGUCCACCUAUUAUUUUAGAUGACGGCUAUUCAGGGCUUCCCCAGUUGGAGGACGAAGUCAGUUUCACACCGAAACAAUCACCUGUUAUCGGCGAAUUUGGAGAGAAGCAGAGUAAUGGUUGGGAUCAAAGUCAUACCACUACCUCUACACACGGCCGUUUUCCUCGCGUGCAGAGGGUUAUUUCCAAGCGCAGAUCUGCAAGCGAGAGUUGGGCGACGCGAUCGCCCGUGCCCCCGUCAUUUUAA